GGCUGGAGGGGAGGGUGGGCAGCGUGCGGGCGGGCUGGCUCCUGGGGGGCAUGACGCUGCUGGGGGGGCUGGUCCACCUAGGGCUGAACGCGGGGCUGGCGGCCAUCCUGCGAGAGCCCCGCUGCCGGGAACACUGCGCUGUGGGCUUCUCAGGGGUCAUCUUCUCUCUGGAAGCCAUGGAGGGUCUCCUAGCGCCUGUCACCAUAGUAACCCUGGGCAGCGUCACCAUAACGACCAAAUGGCUCUGCCUGGCUGAGUGCUGCACCGUGACCCUCCUGUACCCCAGCAGCUCCUUGACAGGCCACCUGUCGGGAAUGCUGGUGGGCGUGGCUCUCGCGGCCACGCCCCUCGGCUUGGCCACGCCCCUGUUCACCUGCGUAUGAUGGGACCACACCUUCGAUAGCAGAACCGUCCCCACCCCACCGCCAGGGGGCGCCCUGCAUCCAAACCCACCGCCCAGCCUGGAGCCGCCAGCCCCACUGCUCCCCGGCCCAGCCCCACGGCACCAGUUUGGCUCCAGGCCUGUUUUGUCAACUUGGCUCUGGUGCUGUUUGUAGGUAAACACGCCUGGCCUGCGUCUGAGAGCCCCUCUGUUUCCACUGCACACAACGGGCGGCUGCCCCACGCCCCAGCCCGCCUCAGGGCAGGGACUGACUGGCUCAGGAGCAGGGAAUGGGGCAGGGGCCUGUCCCCUCUAGGGGGCACCGGCUCCCACUCGCCCCCAGGGUGGGGACAGGCUGGCUCAGGGGGACAGGGAAUGGGGCACGGGCUGUCGCACGAGAGAGUGAUCCCACACCGGUGGGAGAAGGCCGGGCACAGCAAACAUCCCGUGACCCGGGGGCACAGUAUGACGCGCCCUGGCACCACCCGCAGGCAGGGCAGGAAAGCCCCGUGUGGCCACAUGCGUUGCUGUCAUGCAACGACCUGCCAAGCGUGUGAGCGGCUGUUGAUGCCAGGCCCAGGGUGGGCACGGGGGAACCCAUGGGGACCUGCUGGUGUCACUUGGAUAAGGCCAGAGCGCAAAGUGUGCCCAUUGGCUGAGGCCUGGGUGAGCACAAGAGAAAGUUCAAGUGGACGUGUGGGAGGGCAAGUGUGAGAGUGUGCACUAGUGUGCGAGGGCUAAGGCACAAGGAGAGUGUGCAAGAGGCGAUGGGCACACAGGGGGAGUAGUAGACGUGCAAGGCAUUGCACAUGUGGGCGAGAGCAGUUGUGGAUGUUGAGCCAUGCGAGGGGAGAGAGCAGCAGCCAGGAUCACCAGGGAACGUGCGAGAGACGUGCAGUGUCAGCAGGCAGGCCUGGCACGGAAGCAUGAGAUUGCAGCAGCGCUCGUGGAGGAUCACAAGCGUGUGCAAGACACAGCAGGACACACCCACUGUCACCUGUGAGGUGCGAGCUGCAUGCACACAACUGACCCUAGUCACAUGCAAGGGUAGGAGUGGGGGAGAUGCUAAGCACGUGCCCACCCUGUUCUGAGGCAAGGACAUUUGUGUGCACGCCCCCACAAGCACAAGAUUGCACACGGUUGUGGGUGCAUCACUGCUCACACUCGGGGGGCCGACAGUGCACGAGCGGAUUAGCAGGUAAGCUCAUUGCAGGCCACACAACCCAGGCAUGUGCGAGGUCACAAGCGCACUGCAUGCACACUCACAGGCAGCUGCACAGGGUCAGAAGGGCAUGCACGGGGUCCCAAGCACGCUGCACGCAACAUCACAAGGGCACGUGCUGGAUCUCACACACACUGCAUGCACAACCACAAGUGCACAUGCCAAAUUACACGUACACUGCAUGUAAAAUCACACGUGCACAUGCCGGAUCACAAGCGCACGAUCACCAGUGCACCCACAUGCAAAAUCACAAGCGCACGCACAGGAUCACAAGCGCACUCACAUGCAAAAUCACAAGCACACGCACAGGAUCACAAGCGCAUGCACAGGUUCACAAGUGUACCUGCUUGCAAAAUCACAAGUGCAUGAUCACAAGCGCACUGCAUGUAAAAUCACACGUGCACGUGCCAGAUACCAAGCGCACGAUCACAAGUGUACCCAUGUGCAAAAUCACAAGUGCACGCACAGGGUCUCAAAUGGGGCCCAGCGCAUUAGCGGGGCCCCCUCAGCCGACCAGGUGACAGGAGCCACUGGAUUGGGAGUCACACCCAGGGUGCCUGGGCAGGGGGCAUAGGAGGGCCGGCGGGGGGCUCGGGUCCAACCCCCCACCACAGGACGGCAGUCACAAAGGUCCAAUAUAGAUUUUAUAGAGCGAUCUCGAGAGAACCAUUUCCAGCGCCAAAAACGUCUCUAUAUAUUAAAAAGAUCAUUCACUUUUCUCUCAGAAAAAUACUGCCAGCGCGGCCCCUUGUUCUAGGGGGCGGGAUGGGGAUGAAGCGUGGCCCCCCCAAAACCAGGAGGGGGCGUGAAGCUGAGUGAGGGGAUGUUUGUCCGAAGCGGCAGUGGGGUGUGUGUGAUCUCCCACGGGGGGGGUCGCCCCAGGGGAGGAGCUGGCUGGUUAAAUGUGGGGUUGAGAUGGCCAAGAUUUUGGCAGCAGCGGUUGGGGGCGGCCUGGGGCUGGAAAAGGAUCCGGAGUGGAGAGGAAACCGACAAAAAAAAUUAGCAAAUGGUGGGGCAGGAGG